CCUGGUUAGUCGGCGCAUAUGGCGCAAAAUGUUAAGUCGAGGAAAUUUGAAUUUCAGUGAUUAUAAGCUGGUAUUUAAAACAUUUCCUUGUGUAUAAAUAGAACUUAUUUUCAUCGAUGCCAUAAGAAGCGUGUAACGGAAUCGAGAGCCAUCCAGGUCGAGAGGAAGGUUAACACGGUCAGUUUAUUUAUUACGGAUUAUAAGCAGACCGAACAUUCGCCGAGGAAUAUUCUUAUGACAACAAUGAUUGAAGAUAUCGGCACGUAAAUUACCAGCAAAUUAGAUUGCCGAGUUUUGUUGAGGCUUCCGUAAGCGAAUCGAGAAACCUGCCAAGAGUCAGCGCAUCUCAGAACUUCUCCGACCUCCGGCAAGGUGAGUGCUACUCUCUAAUAUUCGACCACGAUUAUUGGGACGGACUUCCUGUGACACGUGCCCCCUGCUGUACACCGAAAUUCUGUUUACUGGAGGCGCAAGCGCUAUUCGGCUCUUAUCUGGCAAAAGGGAGGCGCGGCUAUAACCAUGGAUCCCAGUGUACUCGCUAACAUGGACAAGGACGCACUGAAGAAGCAGAUCGAGAACAUGAAGUACCAAGCUGAUAUGGAACGGUGGCCCCUGUCGAAGAGUAUUGUCGCGAUGAGGGAAUACGUGGAAGAGAAUGAAAAGACUGAUCCACUGAUACACGCGCCCGACAAGAAGAACAAUCCCUGGGCCGAGAGAGGCAAAUGCAUAAUCAUGUAAUCAGGACAUAGAACCGUAGGGGAGAAGGAGAAGGAGAAGAGGCGAGGAAGCAACUGAGCGAGUAUCAUCCGAAGCGAGCGAAAGAAACGGAAAAAAACGUUUUAUAAGCCGCGUUUCUCAAGUUAAACCUAUGCGAAACAAAAAGAUAAAACUAAACGAGAGGUGCGGACAGGUUAAGAUAAAAAUAAAUAAAUAAAUAAAUAAAUAAAUAAAUAAAUAAAUAAAUAAAAGAAAUACAUACGCGUAAAAGAAGGAAAAGUUUAAAAAAAAAAGAAAAAGACAGACAGACAGAAGAAGGAGGAAGAGAUUAAAGAAAGGUUAAGAAAGACGCGCGACGGAUGAGAGGAAGCCACGAUGAGAAGGAAGAAGAAGAACAAGAGGAGAAAGAGAAGUCAGGCGAUGGCGGAGCGAUUUGGAUGAAACCCUGGAAGAGGAAGGUGCCAGGAAAGCAGCGAAGUCUCAGAAGGAGGAGUGAUUGGUUGGCGCGAAGCGAAAUCAAACUAGCCGGAGGCGAAUUAUUCAACAAUCUGAUUUUUCGCGGUUACCUGCUCGCGGUGACUUUCCGUUCGGCAUGCAGACGAACGUAGCAGCGCGUUUUAGCUCGGCUUUCUUCGUCUCUCUAAUCCCCGUGGUCUCUCGAGUCGAAUCCUCGAGUUGUCCUGAAUCGAUCGUCUGGUCGAAGCGGGCCCCGAUCGACCCGGGCAACGACGAACAAGUACUGUGUAUCGAUAUUAAUUGGUUAAACUUUCACAUCGUGUAUCUGUCGCUCUCUGUCUCUCUGUUUCUCUCUCUCUCUCUCUCUCUCUCUCUCUAUUAUCCUUCGUUUCCUUCUUUUCAAUCGGCCGCUCUCUUUCUUUCGGAAUAAACAAACUUCCCUUCCGAUCGAGUGGGCUCGAUCCAGUCUGUCGGAGGAUUUUCAGAAAAGCAAGGACACGAAUGGAAAGUCAUGGGGACACGGUGAAAAUUUAAUCGAUUUGGUCGAUCAAUGAGGACGAGACGAGAGAACGGGCGAAACGGCGCGAAACGAAACGAGGCUCUCCGCGCUUCCGCCUCCUCGUCGUUCCGAGUUCCGAGUUCUUGGAUGAGUUCUGAAUAUAUCUGUUCCGAUUCGAUUCAAUUCGUUUCGAUUCGAACACGUGUUACGCGUCGUAAUACAUACAUCGUGUGCAAUUCAAACCGUAGUACCACGGAAAACUCUUUUGAAUCGUUCAUUAUAUCGUGUAAGGAUUAUUUAUCUUAAGUACACAAUGUAAUCUAACGUCAUUAUAUGUACACACGUUAUACCAUAUGUCGUACGAUUAAUACGCUAUGCAUAUUUCUGCGAAUUUCUUACGAAAAUAUAAUAUAUUCACAUCGUUUAA